AUGAAUUCAAUAGAUGAAACAAUAUCAAUAGUAAUAGACAUAGGUUCAUUAAAAUCAAAAGCAGGCUUUUCAGGAGAUACAGUACCUAAAUAUGUAAUAAGUUCAUAAAUGGGAAUAACCUAAUAAUAACCUUAAAACGAAAAUUAAGGAAGUAACCAACCAGAAAAUGACUAAAUUAUAAUGCAAGAAGAAAAUCCAGAUAAAAAUCAAAAACUGAAUAUUUUUGGAGACAAAAAUUUUAUGAAAGACCCCCAAAUGUAAAUAGAAAAUGUAUAUAAAAACGGCGAUAUAAUAAACUGGGAAGGUUAUGAAAAACUACUAGAAGAAUUAUAUGAUAACCAAUUAAAAAUUCAAUCUAAAGAUCAUCCUUUAUUAAUGGCCGAAUUCUCAAUCCAUAACCAAAAAUAAAGAGAAAAAUUAUGUUAAUUAAUUUUCGAAAAAUUUAAUGUGCCGUAAUAUUUUGUUUCGAAAAACGCCGCUUUAUCUUCUUUUUCAGCUGGGAGAUCUACAAGUGUUGUUGUAGAUUUAGGUGCUUAUUGUUCAAUGGCAGUACCUGUACAUGAUGGAUAUAUUCAUUAAAAAAAUAUAUUAAAAUUCGAUAUAGGAGGCGAACAGGUUACUGAGAAAAUCCUCCAAUUAGAAAAUUUUCCUUAAUAAAAAUUGUCAUGUAAUUCCACUGAAUCCUAUGAAAGAUAUUAAAGGCAUUUAUUAGCAAGAAAUUUAAAGGAAAAUAAUACAAAUGUACUCCCAGAUGGGACUUAAUUAAAUAUUGAUUAAAAUGAAAUUUGUGAUUUUUUUUUUAAUCCUCAUAAUGAAAUUUUAAGGUUUAAAGGAAUACAUUAAAUGGUAUUAGACUGCAUUAAUAUGUGGGAAUCAGAAUUAAGAAAAUAAAUGAGCAGUAAUGUUAUUUUAGCAGGGGGAAAUGCGCUUUUAUUUGAUUUGGAAAAAAGGUUUUAAAACAAACUUGGUGAAAUAUGUAAUAAAGUUAAAUAUGUCUAUUAUCCUACUGUUGAUGAUAGAAAAAAUUCGGUUUGGAUUGGGGGAUCUAUUUUGACUAGUUUAAAUUCUUUUAAUUAAUUGUCUAUUUCGAAAUAAGAAUAUAACGAUAAUGGAGAAUUUAUUAUUGAAAAAAAAUGUCCAUGAUAUUUUUUUAAAUUC